AACGAUAGGCGCCUCGCGAUUCAUCUCGGCGCACGUCAGGCGUUUCGAUUAUAAUUGGAUGUAACCGCCGAUAUAACCGCGAUUCGUUCCUUCGCGGUGACGGAUAAUUCCGAGAGGUCAGGCUGAGACGCGUAGCGUCACGCUAAGUGAUGUCCUGCCUGAGCGGGUUGCACACGCAGAUAGGGACCCUGCUCUCCGUGCCCCACGAGAUUCUACUUCUGCGACACAGGGUUUUCCGCGAGUACGCAAAAAUCGCGGUCGGCCCGGACUUCAUCCACACGCUGCCGUCCUUCCUGAUCCUGACGGCCGCGGUGCUCGUACUCUGGAAGAAUCCCCCGUCCUCCACGCGGCUUAUGGACCUCGUAGGCGACGCAUUCAUUUACAAAGGGUUUCAGGUGACAGUCAGCUGCCUCGUGAUUAACGCGCUUUUAUGGCUAUGGCUGAUCCUCCAAAGGAUACUCUACUGCAGCGUCUGGCAUUAUUGGAGUUACGAAUCAGAAUAUCGAGAUAUUUCGUAUCCCUGGUGGCAACAUGUUUGGUCCUCAUAUUAUCCUGUAUCCGUACAACCGCCGGUGAUGUCAGCCGGUUUUAUUAGUUGGAUAAUCGCGAUGUUGAUUGCGGUAACCGCUCUGGGAUGCGCAAACUCUACAGAUCGCGUGGAAACUUUCGUUAAAGAAUUCUUAACUAAAUUUCGAAAUGCCCUUGCAAUGGUCAAGUCAAAUGUGGAGUGGUCACAGGACGAAACGCAAGAGAUACUCGUAACUGAUUGUGAGCAUACUGAGGCGAACGCGGCAAUGGAGGAUGGCGAAAUGAGCUUGGUUUGCGACGACGGCCGCUCGGAAAUGUCGAAUGAUAUAAACAACCACGCCGCGCGUGGAGAUAUACAUCCGAUUUCCUACGGAACGAAUUGGAUGCCGCAGCCAAAUUUCUCCGCGUUCAAGGAUGCGCAGCGAAAAAUAUCGAUGAAAUCCUUUCACACGGUGACAGGCGCAAACGACGUUCAGGAUCCUGACAAAUUCACGGCUAAGCAAUUGCGACACCGACGCGGCUGUCACACUGUGAUACCGAGCAAUUCCAGCGAGCAGUCGAGCGAAUGUUGAAGAGACUUGUCAAUGUUCGCUGAACGAUCAUCAUCGAAUAGGUCUUCGGUUGAGCAAUGCUCAUGGGAAGAGAUUUCCUCGUAGGCGGCGCAUUGAUCACGCAAAUGAUAUUGCACAAACGACGAGAAGGCGUUUAUAUAUACCGAUAAGCUUUUUAUAAAUUUUAUAAUCAUCUAAUAUUUAUGCCCCGAAAGAAUUUUUUUAUAAAAUUUUUUACAGAAAUAUUUUGUACGUGUGAUAUAUGAAACCAAGACUUUACUUUUGAACGAUAGUCGAAUGACUAUUAAAGAAGUACAAUAGUUACGUAAAGAUAAUGCGCGUAACUUUGCGCGGUGAGGUCGCAUCCGAUAUCAAUUAUAUCAAUAGAGUAUGUGUCUGUAUAUAUAAAACUUUUAUAAAUAAACGUAUAAAUUUUUAAAA